AUGGCCACCGCUCCCAUCCAGGGCGGCCCAACUGCUCCGCCAGCCACCAUCCCACCUCCAUCCCUUACCUUUAGCGACACCAUCACCGAUAUUACUCCCUUCAUCCCCAUAGUUCUUGAUCUCAACAGCCAUAAUUACUACCACUGGCGCCAUCUCUUUGAGAUGCAUCUCGGUCGCUGCUCUCUUCUCCACCACAUCUCCGGCGAUCACCCACCCGCUCCCCAUGAUCCUCGCAGGAUCAAACACGACCUCGCCAUCAUCCAGUGGCUGUAUACUCGCAUCUCGACGGAGCUCUUCAACCUUGUGGUGACGGAUGGUGCCUCCGCGCGUGAUAUUUGGGCCGAGCUCCGCCGGCUCUUCCAGGACAACCGGGAUGCUCGCGUCUCGGCCCUCAACACCGAGCUUCGCACGAUCACGCAGGGCGAUCGCCCCGUGGGCGUCUUCUGUCAACGGAUCAAGGCGAUUGGCGACGAGCUCCGCGAGCUUGGAGAGGUGGUUGCCGAUCGGUCGCUUCUUCACGCACUAAUGGGCGGUCUUGACGACCGCUUCGCUCAGCAGGCGACCCUGAUCCCUCUCCUCCGUCCUCUGCCAACACUUGCUGAGGCCCGCUCCAUGCUUCAGAUGGAGGAGCAGAACCAGGCGCGCAAGGCUGCUGCGCCGCGCCUCUACCACGCGACCACGCGUCCUGCUACCGCAGCUGCUGCAACACCUCCUGAAAGGAUCGAUGCGGUCGACUAG